ACAUGUUUUGUGUUGACCGAUGUAGAAGGGGUGACUAAAUUCUUCCCCGCCCCCGCGACCACUCAGUAAAUGCGCGCUCACCCUAUGACUCAAACGCACACUCUCGAACGCUCCCUCUCGCACACUUUGAGACCCAAACCCUCUCAAGACUCUCAAAGCUAAAAUGCUCUCUACAGUCGAAAAGUACCAGCUCAGGCGCUUCCUCGGCCGCGGGAACUUCGCCAAGGUCUACCAGGCGCACUCGCUGCUCGACGGUGCCACGGUCGCGGUAAAAGCCAUCGAAAAGUCCAAGACGGUCGAUGCCACCAUGGAGCCCCGCAUCGUGCGCGAGAUUGACGCCAUGCGUCGCCUCCAGCACCACCCUAACAUCCUCAAAAUCCACGAAGUCCUUGCCACCAAGACCAAGAUCUACCUCAUCAUGGACUUCGCCGGCGGCGGCGAGCUCUUCUCCAAGCUUUCCCGUCGCGGCCGCCUCCCGGAGUCCCUCGAGCGCCGCUACUUCGCGCAGCUCGUCUCCGCGCUUCGCUUCUGCCACCGCCACAGUUAUAAGUUGGGGAUGAACGCUUUUGACAUAAUCUCCAUGUCCUCGGGGUUGGACUUGCGGGGGCUGUUCGAAACGACGUCGGAUAAGGGAGAAACGGUUCACUUCCGAUAAGAGUGUGGAGGCCGUCGACAAGAAGGUGAAGGAGGUUGGCUUGAAUUUGGGGUUUAGGGUUGAGGUUGAGAAGAACAGUGCGAUUGGGUUGGGAGAAACGGUUCACUUCUGAUAACGGAGAGAUUCGAUAAUUUUGGAAAACGAGGUUUUAAGUGUGGUCUUGGACACCCAAUUAGCCAGUAACUCAUUUUGAUUUGUUUUUGCGAUGAAGAUCUAUGGCAUCAGGAAUAUAGUUUUUGUGUGAAUGCUACUAAUUUAGGGAUUUUAAUAGUAGAUUUGUGUUGCACAGGUGUUGGUGUGUGCACUGAGGUGGAAAUAAGAAUACUGAAUUGUGAACAGCAUGAAUUACCUUCUUGGAGCUUUCAAGCCUGCGUGUAAUGUCUUGAUCACGUUUAAUGAUGGGAAGAACCGUAAGCAGGUUCCAUUUAAAAAAGAAAAUGGUCAAAUGGUUACAAUCCCACUUUUCCAAAGUCAAGAAAACAUUGCUGGGAAGAUUACAAUAGAACCAAUGCAAGGGAAAAAAAUUGAUCACAAUGGUGUUGAGCUCCUUGGGCAGAUAGAGAUGUAUUUUGACAGAGGAAAUUUUUAUGACUUUACUUCCCUUGACUGAGAAGUUAUAGAAGGAGAAUCAGGAAUUAGAAUUUGUUCUGGAUAUGUAUGGUCAGGAGAAUUAUGAGAAAAGGUAUGCUGAUUUGAAAUUAUAAAGUAGUGGCACGAGUUUCAUGUAGUUAAAUUUAGCUCCAUACUUUCCUUAUUUUUGGCUUCACCAUGUAUCCAUAUAUUCAUGUAUCCUUUGUAUAACUAUAAUGUAAUCAAUUAGAAAUACAUGUAUUUUUUAAUGUUUUCCUUUGGUCUCAAAUGUUUCCAUUCACAAACCACGUUAGCCAACUUGUUAAGGUUUUGAUUUUAAAUUUAACUUGAGUUAAACUUUUAGUUUUGCUUGGUAACAAACUAGAGGAUUUAUUUUGCAUUCAAAUCAAAAUUUUGUUCUCUUCUUUGUAUUUGGAUGAUUUGAUCUUGAUAUGCUAUCGUGAUCUUGAUAUAUAUGCUAUCGUGAACUUAUACUUUACAUUGAUUAUGGUCUUGCUUCAUUGACACACUUGUGUAGUGUCUAUUGUUUUUUUCCCCCCUUUUAUAAACCCAUAUUUGUGUGUUUAAUUUGAGAGAGAAGUUUCUGGUGAUGAGGAGUGGAAGGUGGAUGGGCUAAAGUUUAUACAGUUGAAGACUUUCUCUUUUGGCCAAUAUACCAUGCUGCAUUACACAGAUGGCUGCAUACCCUGGGACGAUGUGUUAGGCUAAUUGCAGGAGUCUCAUUUGAGUUUACCAUGGAGUAAAUUUGAGGAAUGCAAUUGCUGUAUUGAAACAAUAUUUUUUAUUUAUUUCAUUGGUACCAUUUGUUUAUCUGGUCUGGGGUAUUUGCAAAAAUUUAUGCUACAUUAUGUUGUUUGGGAAUGGCCAGAUUUGUGGUUACACUUCAGUUGGGAAUGAUAAUUACUUUGUCUAA